AUGGCAGCUCUCCUCGCCCUCAGGGCCACUUUGUCAAAUACAAGACCACUAACACGGUCUUUUGCGACCGCAGUAACUUCCUACACACCAACGCUUGCAAAAUCCCUUGCAGAAGCCCAACAACUCCUCCGCUCGCAGCCAUCACACUAUGUAGUAGCCACUCUCGUCGGUCGUCGUCUUAUUCUCACUCCCCGGGACCUCGUCACUGUCCCAAGACUAAAAGACGUUGGCGUUGGCGAUGUGUUGCAACUCAAUGCCAUUGAAGAACUCGGUUCAAGAGAAUUUACAGUUAGAGGAAGCCCCUAUCUUCCUGAAAAGGUUGUCUCAGUCACUGCCACGGUCGUUGAGCAUACAAAAGGCAAGCUGGAGAAAAUUGUCAAAUUCAAAAGACGCAAAGGAUACAAGAAGACGAUAAAGCACAAGCAAACGUAUACUCGACUGCGAAUAAACGAUAUUCAAAUCCCGCAACCAUCGUGGUACGUCAAAAAUUUUUGA